UUGAAUCUUCAUUCUUCAGUGCAUGAUUUAAAAUAUUUAAAUAAUAGUAUGUACUAUGUAGUAGGUACAUAAAUGCUUAAAUUGUGCUUUACACUUUCAUAGUCUUAUUACAUUUUAAUAUUAUAUAGUACAUAAAUUUAUAUCGUGUAUGGUAUCAUUAUAGACUAUAGUAGUUUAGUACUCGCUCUAUUUUUGUUCAUAGUAUAGUAGUGUAAAUUAUCUUAAUUAUUAUUUAAUUAGCGUCCUCUCGCUGAAUCAAUUUAAUUUGCGCAAAAUUUGUCUGUCGGAUCUUUAAUUAAAUUGGUAUACUUCACUAGUCGCCUUCCAUCAUUAAUCUUCUAGGUACAGGUUGCACUUUGUUUUGUUCACAUUAGCAGAAAAGAUGGCCGAAAGUAUUGAGUUCAGUAAUCCAAAAAUUGAAAAACAAAUAAAGUAUAAGGACACUCAGUCCAAGUGCUCGCCACCUAUAAUUUGGUCGGCUACCGAAAAACUACAGCUAGCUGAAGCCAUUGAUAUGUAUGGAAUAAAUUUCCCGAAACGUCUUGUCACGCGUGUCCCCACUAAAACCGUCAAACAGGUGAUACAAAUGCUGACAGAGCUAAGAAUUGAAAAUCGAAAAGAAGUUGAGGAAAUUAAAAAGUGCCCAUCAUUUAUCAAUUUCGAUGAUAUGGAUGACCUGUUCUUGGUCGGUGACACCGAGCCAAAAGAUGUGUUGGUCAAGUGGAUGGAGUACCUGGAAAGAAUUUACAAUAAGGACCCAUACAUUUUCAACAAAUUUAAACUGUUGUCCAGCUCAUUUCUAAUCUUGUCAGAGUGUACCCCACCACCAAAAACUACAGGACCAGAUGUCAUAGACUUUAGGAAAGUGUACUAUUUUUUGUACCGUGUCAUUAACAAUUACCCCAUAAGGAAAAAUCAUGGAGAUUCUAGGAUGAGAAAUUACCUCCAUGAAAUGUUCUUGCGUGUGAUGAACGAAAUCGAUUUUACAUCUGACGAGGAGAAAAUAACCAUGCAAAAGAUAGUGUCCAAUUGGACUGCUGAUAACAGGUCCAAAUCGUUGAGAGUAUAUGGGAAAAAUAAUGAAAUCAAAACACAGCAAAAACAACCAAAGACAGAGACUAGACCGAAUUUGAAGACGGCACUUGAGCUUAAUGUGUUAGAAAACCCAAUGAUACCAAGUUUUAAUCCAUUCCAGAUCAAAUCCAAAAAGUCUUUAUAAUGCAUUUUGUUCCUUAUAAUAUUAUUAUUAACCUUUUUUUUUAAAAAAAAUGUUAAACAUUGCACAUUUAUCAUUAUUGCCAUUUUUUCUCAUUAUUAUUUAUUCCUAGGUGGCUAGGUAUGAUCAUUAUUUAUAUUUUAUUUAGUCAUAAACAAGGAGAUCAAUCUUCAUUUCUUUAAAACAACUAGCAAAGAAUCAUUCAGUUUAAAGGUCCCAAAUUUAUUUUGAGACUAUUCAACAUUUAUAAGACAUUUUGGAACUUUAUUUCAAGUGGAGGAUGGUAGGAUGCCCUUGUUAAGUUUUUUUUUCUUGUAAAAAUAUUCCUACUCGUAUGGUGGUUGAGAGAAGUAAUAUUACAGUGAUAUUGAUUCAAAAAAAUAAAAUGCAAUUUGAGUUUGAAAGUUUAAUAUAUUAUUAUAAUUAUUGAGUUAUAAUGGUAAUAUUAUUCAUCUAUAAUUUGCUCAUUUAAUUUAUAUUAUUUAUACUGUUUACUACCAGUCUUGUUAAGUAUUUAAAUACUUUUCAAAUACUUUUUAAUCAGUGUAUUUUUUAAAUACUUUUUUUUUAUUCUAGUGUUUUACUCCAAAUUUUAAUUACCAAUAUUUAAAAAAUGUUGAACCACCCCAAAAAAUUUUUUUCAGUUACAGCCUUGAAACAAAUACUGUAAAAUUAAUUAUCUAAUAUCUUGUAC